AUGACAAGUGACAAAAAGAGGCACCCGGCAUCGAAGAGCCAGGGCCGUGCUGUCCUGAAAACAAGCAGUCUCGCUGAAAGCAUAGCCAAUCUCUCUGAAACACUGUACCUACUAAGCCCACCGCCUCCAAAACCGACCAAACGCCAGUUGGUCAAACUGAGCUCUGUGAUUCUCCCCGAUUCUGGUCGAAAGGUGUACCGCACAGACCUGUUUUUUAAUUCGGAAUUCGAGAGCUUUCACGACGAGACGAUUAAUGAUUCUGAGCUACUGGAUUCCGCCCCCAGUGUGGAGUCGUCCCGAAGCGUUCUCAAAUGCGGGGUGGCGUAUCUCCUUGCAUCUCUAGGCGUUUAUUACGCUCCUUUCAGCUCGCUACUAGGAAACACCGAUUCCAAGCACGUAGCUGCUACGGCAUCUGUCUACUUCCACCCGGCACGGACUAAAGGAUCCAUGCACCAACUGUUCCUAUUUGUGCUUCUAUCGCUCUUGUUCACAUUCAUUCUUUCGGUCUGCAGCCGAUGUGUCUCAAGUUACUUCUUCAAUGUUGGCCAGAACGAGGUUUCGUAUGCCAUCGACCUCCUUACCUCGUCGGUGGGACUAGGUGUCAUCGCUUUUAUGAAGCAAAAAGUUAACAAGGAAACUUUCAACACAGCAUGUUCGUUGGCGUCAAUUUCCCUCGUUACGUGUAUCGUCAAGGAGGGGUCACUCAAUGCAAGCACAAUACCCAUGGAUAGACUUGUAUCGACAUCGCGAGUGGCACUCGUCGGGUCCUUGAUCUCCGUGGCAACUUGCUACGUGCUUUGGCCCAAGAGCGCAGUCAAACUAUUGCGGCAUUCGUUGAACGAUUCUUUCAACGUCAUGUCAUCUCUUGUGUCUGUCGUUACACAUAGGUUCAUCAACGGAGACAAAAUUUCUGCUAAAGAUCUCGAGGUGUUUGCUCUACUUCGAAAACACUCGAAUGAUCUUAACUUAUAUCUUGAGGAAGCAAAGUAUGAGUUAUACUUAGUGGGAAAGGAGGCCGAGUUCGAAGCAUACUGCGAGAUCGUAGAAGCCACAAACUCGUUGAUGGAGCAUUUGCACGGACUCAAAUCCUCGUGUGAAAUGCGAUGGCAGUUAUUUUUAGACAGCACUUCUGCCGAAAACGACGACCAAGACUCUAUCGCAAGCUUGUCAAGUAUUCACGCGCAAAUCCUUCCCUUAUCCCACUCUGUCGAGAACAUGGGGUCUCCGUCCCUGUACAAUGGCCGCUUGCAAAACAGCGACAUGGAGGACGGCGCCGUGUAUUCAGUGCAGCUUUUUGACUUAUUUGUUUACUAUCUUGCUCCGUCCAUCAAGUCUUUCGCAUUUACCGUGAAAGAAGUGUUGAGCGUAGUGCCUUUUGAGAAGAAACUAUUAGGCGAUAGAGAACAAAGCUUAUUCGUGAAGUCAACAAAUUAUCAGUUAUCUUUGAAACGAGCAAUUGAGCUCUACGAAGAAAAACAAGUGAAUUCUUUCGAGAAGUUGUACUCUCAAAAAAUUUUCAAGUCUGACGACUUCCAAUCCAGGACUGAUCAAGAGGAAGUGACGGCUUGCUGUGGAAAUUUUUCUUCUUUGCUCGCUUUGUAUGGGAAACAGCUAAUACACUUCUUGCAAUUGACUGAAAAAUUCGAAGUUGUGGCCAGCACAUAUCCAAAAUCGUGGGAAUGGGCGCGUUUUUGGCGGUCUCGAGGAAAUGGGAUCGCCCAUUCAAAAACCCUCUUUCGGGAUGCCCAGUUUGUUGAUGCGCUUCGUGAACUCAAAUCUCAGCUUAAGGUCGUUGAGCCAAAAGAAAGCACCGAACACUUAGAUUCCUUUUCGUGGACUGAGUGUCUGGAUGAUUUCAGACUUACUCUUUGGAAGACUUUUGGGCUUUUCAAGCGAACGGAUGUUCAAUUUGGACUACGAGUCGGUGUGGGGGCCUUUUGUAUCUCCCUUUUUGCCUUCUUGCCGCAGACACAGAAAGCCUUUGUUGAAUAUAGGUUGGAGUGGACUUUGGCAAUCUACUGCAUCAUGAUGAACAAAUCGGUUGGUGGAACAAGUGUCACAGCUAAAUGGAGAUUCAUUGGAACUUUCAUGGGCGCAUUUCUUGCUUACUUGGUAUGGCAAGUCUCUGAUGCCAACGAAUUUGUUUUGGCAAUUGUGGGCUUUCUCCUAUCACUUCCAUGCUUCUACAUCAUCAUUUUUUGGAAGCGAAAUAACGCUUUCGGCCGCUUCAUUCUCCUUGCUUACAACUUGACUGCCCUUUAUUCAUACAGUAUGCUACAGAAAGACUCCGAAGAUAGUAAUGAAGGGGGCGAUGUUCCAAUCGUCGGUCAGAUUGCAGUGCAUAGAUUUAUUGCAGUAUCAAUCGGCAUAGUAUGGGCUCUAAUUUUUGCCAAUUUCUUCCUCCCAAAUCCAGCUCGCGCACGAUUGAAGUCUGGGUUAACCAUAUUGUGGCUUCGUAUGGGUGUGGUAUGGAAUAGCAAUCCAAUGGAUUACCAAGAAUCGGAGAAUGGGAAAACCCUCAUUGGUCUCAAAGACUUUAAGGGCACACGAGACCUUCUUUUGGAAUGCCAAACCUUGUUGAAGCAGGCACCUGUUGAACUUCGUCUAAAAGGCCGAUUUCCAAAGGAAAUUUAUGAAACGCUCUUGCGCGGAACUUCUGCCAUUCUAGACGCAUUUCUGAACUUACAAUUGAUGGUGGAAGUAGAUAAGGACCUCCAACCCACUGAGGAGAUAGUGCUUAAAUAUGUCUCCAGUGAGCGCGAGGAGCUUGAGCAUCGGAUCUUUUUAAUUUUUUACAUGGUUGCCAGCGCCAUGGCGCUUGGAUUUCCAUUGCCAACUAAACCUGCUUCUACGGAUCAUGCGAAAGAUCGGAUGCUACUCAAACUCAGUGAAUUCAGAUCGAGGAAGAACUUUGAUCGCAUAAGUCUCAAAAAUGAAGAUUAUGUUUUGCUUUACUCCUAUAUAUUGGUGACAUCAACUAUCACCAAAGAGCUUGACAAGAUUAUCUUGAAUAUCAAGGAGUUACUUGGAGACAUCUCAGAGGACAUCUUCAUGCUAGUUUGA